GGAAGGAAGUUAACGAAUGAAAGUUAGAUCAAACCAUCAAAGCCAUUACUGAUUUCUGCAAAGACACUAGUGAAAACAGAACUGAUCACUAGAAUUUGAGUGGGGGAUAUCUAGUAGUGAAAUGGCAAAUGCUUGGAAAAGAGAUAAACAAUCACAAAUUUUCUCAAAUAGAAAUCUUCUAUUGUUUUUUCCGAUCUCACUUUUCCUUCUCUUUUUCUUCUUCUUAUCUUCAUCUAAAACAUCAAAUCCAAACCCUAAUUUCAUAAAUCAGUUUUCCACACAAACCCUAAGUAUAUUUAGUUCCUUCAAUCCAUAUGAUUGUUUAAAAUCACCUCAAUCUUACCCAGUUAUUGCUAAUGUAGUUGAAGGUGUGCGUUACCCAUUUCUGUACUCAAUAGCUGAUCUAGGUUCACUACCAGAUAAACCACAUAAGAACAUUGUUAGAAUGAUGAAAGGAAAACCCUUUAGGAAACCUGAUAUUUCUGUAACAAUUCAAGAAGUUUUGGAGAAACUAAAGAGUAAAGAUGAUGGGUAUGUUGUUGAUGUUGGGGCUAAUGUUGGUAUGGCUACUUUUGCUGCCUCUGCUAUGGGUUUUAAAGUUUUAGCAUUUGAACCUGUUUUUGAGAAUUUGCAAAGGAUUUGUGAUGGGAUCUUUUUUAAUAGAGUUGGUGAUAAGGUUACUGUCUUUGAAGCUGCUGCUUCGGAUCGACAUGGAAAUAUUACUUUUCAUAAGCUGGUUGGUCGGCUAGACAACAGUGCUGUUUCUGCUGUUGGUGCAAAGCUGGCAUUCAAGUCUAAUGAAGAAAUUGAGCUUCGGGUUAGGUCCAUCCCUUUGAAUGAAGUUAUCCCAGAUUCAGUUCGCGUGCAUUUGAUCAAGAUUGAUGUUCAAGGUUGGGAGUACCACGUAUUGAAAGGAGCAUCCAAGAUAUUAUCUAGAAAGGGUGGUGAAGCACCAUACCUAAUCUAUGAGGAAGAUGACCGAUUGCUUCAGGCCAGCAACAGUAGUGCCAAAGAAAUUCGAGAUUAUUUAAGCAGUAUGGGUUACAAGCAUUGUUCUCAGCAUGGCACAGAUGCCCAUUGCACCAAGGAAGGCUAGAGUUUAGCAUACAUGAUUCUAACCCAUGAAUUUUCCAUUCCUGAGCAGUGAAAGACUAUAAAUGGAGAUCUUCCCCAAGUUGUUCGGCGUCCUUAUUCGCGCGCCAAGAAUUACUUGAAAUGGGUGAUUAUCGUGUGGAAGCAUAAUUUAUCAACUUGGCCAGGUACGUGACUGAUGCCACAAUUGUACCGGUAGAAUGUGAAUAACUUUGAUUAUUCAGCCAUUAGGAAUUUAAAAGGAUUACUUUUAGUAAAUUUAGUCUUUUCUCGAAGAACGAUAUAGAAUGGAAUGGCCGGUAGCUAGCAGCUACACACACGUUCAGGAGAGUGCAGAAGCUAUUAGGCAAAAUUCUCGGGUCUGAUGUGAUGUUGUCUGUAAGCCAUGGAAACACCAGUGUGGUGGGUAGUCUUGUUUGUGUUCUGGUAACAUGAUUUUUUGCAUAAUGGUUGUGCUCAUCUUGUAAUUUGCUAUGUGGCUAUCUUAAAAUUAGUUGAAAAUUGAAGCCUUUCUGGUUCUUUCCACUCCA